AUGGCGCCCUCAAAUUCACCCGGCGGAAAGCGUAAGCGCAGCGCCUCCCAUCUUCCCGCUCCCUCAAACGACCCCCAGCCCUCCUCGCGCGACGCGUCCGGCGAAGACGCCGAGGACUCAACCGGUCCAGCACAAGCGGCGUUGGCACGGCACAAGCAAAACGAGCCCAACCCGCCUUCUAAACGGGUGCGCAAAAGCGGCGAGGCUCAGGAGGGCCAGGAGAACCCAGGAGAACCGUCUGAGACCGCGGCCAGCAGCGACAUCGAACAAGAUGGAGCCCGUAACCUCCAUAUCGAGGUUCCCAACAACGACCAGGACUCGAUGCCUCCGCCCCAGCGCGGCGUUAUCCGGGACCCCGUGGGAUAUAAGACUAAUCCCCCGCCCGUGGGCCGGCCUGUACGGGUGUAUGCGGACGGCGUGUUUGAUCUAUUUCACCUUGGCCAUAUGAGACAGCUUGAGCAAGCGAAGAAUACUUUCCCAAACACCUACCUGAUUGUCGGUGUCACAGGCAACGAGGAGACCCAUAAGCGUAAGGGUCUGACAGUUCUCAGUGGAGCCGAGCGCGCCGAGACCCUUCGUCACUGUAAAUGGGUUGAUGAAGUCAUCCCAAACUGCCCUUGGAUUGUUACGGCUGAGUUCCUGGAGGAGCACAAGAUUGACUACGUCGCGCACGACGAUCUACCUACGAGGCUGCCGAGGGCGACGACAUCUACGGCCCCAUCAAGGCACAGGGCAAAUUCCUUGUCACCCAGCGAACAGAAGGUGUUAGCACCACAGGCAUUAUCACUCGGUUUGUCGCUCGUCGCCAUCUUCCAAAUGGCCUGCUCAGGACUAAUCAUAGAAACUUAUUCUAGUAUCGUGCGAGAUUACGACCAGUACAUCUCCCGGCAAUUCAAGCGUGGCGCCUCCCGACAAGAACUUAACGUCUCCUGGCUGAAGAAAAACGAGCUUGAGAUCAAGCGCCACGUGGCGGAGCUGCGCGACAACAUCCGCACCAACUGGACCAUGACUGGUCAGGAGCUGGGUCGUGAGCUGCGACAGAUCUGGCAGAACAGCCGGCCUAACAGUCCAGCUCCCACUGCUCGUAACAGCGUCGACUACACCAAUGCUCGCGGGCCUUUGGCCAGCCCCACUGGCGGGAGCAAGUCGCUUCUCUCGCGGGUGGAUACACUCAGCCGCCCGGAGAGCCCUACGUUGGGCUCUGGUCGCAACGAGGACUUUGCCACCGGAUACAGUCUCGGAUUGAUCGGUGGUGUGCGAGCAUGGAUGGCACGCAGCCGACAAUCCCUUCAAGAGACCCCCAGUCACCCUCUCUCGCCCGCCGAGGACGAGGAGCCCGAGUCAGAGACCCCCAACGGCGUUGAGGAGGAAGCUCGUGGCCGCACCGGUCAGCACGUCUCAGCACAGUAG